AUGAAGGAGGGAUCGUAUCCUGUUCCAGGCUCCCUCCAGAUACACACACUUCGAGAAGCAGUGUCCAAGCUCCCUCCAGAUACACAUACGUCGAGAAGCAGUGUCCGGGCUGAAUCUCGUCUGUUUGGUCGGGAACAUGUGGUGUCUGGAAAAGUCGGCGAUUCCGUUGUUCUUCCUUGCGAGGUUGAUUCUCACAAUUGUGGCCGAAUUUAUGUAAUCACAUGGACCAAACACGUAGGUGAUGAAUGGCUCCGAGUUUACCUGUACAGUGAUACACAUUCUAAACCCAUGGGCUCUCUGGCUGGAAGAGCCCAUUUUAUGCUUCAUAAUAAUUCAAAUGCUGAAAUGCACUUGAGAUCUUUGAAUGUGUCGGACGAAGGUACUUAUAAGUGUGACGUUACGUAUGUUCACGGAAAAUGCCCUUCUCUCACUUUCACGAAACUCUACACAUUAAUGAAACCCAAACCUCCUGAAAUGUAUGUCGAUGGAUCUCCGGUGCAAAAUGCUUCUACACUUGGGCCAUACACAGAGGGUUCAACUUUCAUAUUGGACUGCAGGUCAACAGGCGGCAGACCACCUCCCCUUGUUACCCUCUGGAAUGGAACUAGAUCUCUGAUUGCGAAGAAUCAUGUUCAGACUGGAGAAGACGGUGCAAGUGACGUUAUCGCAACAGCCAGAUUUGUCCUAUCCAGAUGGGACUUGGAAUCCAAACUCGAGUGCCGCGUGCAGAGUAAUGCCACACUCGCACCAAUGGUCAAAUGGAUUAAAUUGGAUAUACAUGUCAAACCUGUAUCACUAAGGGUCCGUGGUCCAACGACACCUGUAGUCGCAGGCGAAAUGGUGUCGCUUACAUGCACUGUGGAGGGCUCGAGACCUGCUGCUGCUAUUACGUGGUUUAACAGAUCAAGAGAUAGAGCCACAGCCACCAGCUUCUCAGGAUCUGAUGAGUGACGCAACCUACCGCACAUCUUCCACGCUCGUUUUCAUUGCUUCUCGGCACGACCAUCUGGGAGAUUUCUGUUGCCAAGGCCUGAAUGAAGUACAGAAAAUACAACUGCAGCCUCCUCUCCUACAUGCAGUCACUCUAGACG